AUGGCGUGGACGCGCCCCUUUCCAUCAGUCUGGGAUGAUGCAGGUCGGGAGGUACUCAAUGAGGCGCCGCCCUUUCUUGCCCUUGCUGAUUCCACCUUCCAGGGCCUUUUGCGACAGGGCAAGCAAUGGGCCUCAUACGUGUGUCCAGGGGCUUCCCUCGUUCGCUCCUAUCCUGGGCGUCCCUCCAUCUUAGGAGCCCUUGCUUUGGCUGCGGGGGAUUCCCUCCAGUCUCGCGACUCCCUGCCAGCUCCGAUCCUGGUCAAUGAGGGCUUCUUGCAUUUCCUGCGAGACAAGCUCGAUGAGCCUGUCAAAGUAGGCCUGGUUCCCUGCGGACGCAGUGUGCCACAUCCCAAGCAGACUGCUUAUGACUUUGUGGAAAGGGCACGGCACGACUUCAACCUCAAGGACUACGAGUUCCCCUGGCAGAUCAUGGACCUGAACCAGCCUCCGGAUCUGGACUUGUAUGGCCAGGAUCCCACUCACUUUCAGCCGUCUGCUGAGCUGCCUGCCAUUGGGCGUAUCAUUGGCCGCGCUCUCUACUGUAUGACAGUACCGAAACCACAGCGAGCUGAAGGAGGCAACGCCCCCGAGACUCCGCAGGGCAACGCCCCCCAAACCCCAUCUACCUCACCUUUCGCGGGUGGCCUGGGGCCAGGGCAUGCGCAGCAGGCGCCGCGCACUCCUCCACCCUUUCUGCCAGUUCUUCUGUGCUGCUCCUGGAACGCGACUCAGGGCAUGAUACAUCAGGAGAUGUUGGCCACCCACGCGCUCACCCGAGCCACCACUCUUAGAGAGUUGCUGAUUGUGGCGGCCAGCCAAGCCAACUUCCCCAUUGAAAAGACGUACCGCCUUACGGUACCGGCUGACUGUACUCCCUAUGGGAGGUUCCCAAUCCCGCAGCGCCUGGUCCAGACUUUCAUUCAUGACGAAAUGGUUGGCCCUAAGGAAAUGGCGGCGGACAAGUUCCGGACCUUUCGUCGCGAGUUCUUCAACGACGAAGCCUGGGCGGAAGUGAUCCGUUCAGUCACUGGAGGAGCAGGGCAACGCCUUCUCUCCAAGCUCCGAAGCAACGCGCAUCGCGCGGAUGUCUUCAGAUACGUUGAACACUGGCUCCGCGGCGGCAUCUACCUCGACAUCAAGACUGCCUUCCUGAUCACGCCGCAGGAGCUUCACUCCUCCAUCGUGGCAGAGUGGCGAGCCAAGCCACUCCUCUCCGACCUUGCCUCCCAAAUUUAUGGAUGGGAUGCUGAUACCUUGCGAGCCAGCGGCCCUCCUGAUUACUUCCUCACGGCCAUCGGUCAGAAAAAGGACCACAUUUUCCAGGGCAUCCUCAUGGGACGACGGCAGCACCCCCUCAUGACUGCUGCACUACGUCAUGCUUUUCAGCACAAAUAUGUGGAUGCGCAGGGGGCCAUCAACGAGAAGUAUAUGUUCUUCUGCAUCGCCCUCUAUGAGAUCGUACGCCAGGACCUGCUCAGCGACCCGGUCCUCCACCCAACGGCGCAGGGACGCAGCUUGGCCCCUGGCUGGCACCUCACACAGACCCUAGGCCCGAUCUAUCUGCUGCAGGAGGUUCAUGAGGAUCAGUUGCGGCGAAUGCAGGGCGUGCCCCCCAAUGAGGGGCAUGGGUUCCGCACAGCCUCCAAGCAACUCAUCGCUCUUACUCGGUGCUGGGGUUGGAACAAGGGAUGGAAGUCUGAUCCGGCUUCCACCAAAGCCAACAACGAUGCCAUCCUUCGUGGACUCCCUACUGCACUCCACGCAGCGCAGGAGGCUGGCAACGCCACGACCCGGCGAGGCAACGCCUCCACGACUCCGGUCCCCACUGAAGCCACCAUUCAGGCACAUGUGCUUGAAGCUCUCGACACCAGCCUUCUUGAUCGGAUUGUGCAGCUUAUCGAAAAGUGGCCGCAGUUCUAUGGAGAACUCACCAAGCAGCAAGUCCAGGAGCUCAUCCUCGCGGGCCUACUGCCGCACUUUCUGCGGACACGUGGCAGCGGUGCUACAUGGCAUCACGCGGGGGAAGAGGCCUAUGCCAGGGCUACCACUGGGCGCUCAGGUCAGGCCGCUGCGGCGGCCUCCUCCUCAGAUACCGGCAAUCAACAGCCCAACGAGCCUGCCUCCCCGCCGCCAUACGUCGCACCGCGACCAGCCAUCCUUGAUGCACCGCAUCGUCAUGAAGCUCCUCCUCAAGAGCCAGAAAACACUCCUCCCACAAUGGAGGAACUCUGUGCCGAGAAGGACUUCUACGACUGGGUGGUGGCAGUAGCGGACCUCCAGUCACUGACGGCUCCUGAAGUAGUGGGUGUUCUUCAGCCCCAGGAGUUCACAGCGAUAUGGAAUGCCCGACUUCAGGUCUUGACCAAGCUGCCAACCGUGCUUGCCGGCCUUAGCAGGGUUUACCAAAAACCUGAAGCUGAUCGAAAAGACCUCAGCUGGCGCUCUGUGAUCUCGGGUCGACUUGUUGUCCACUCCUCUGGCCACUUAACGAUGGCCACGAAGGACCGUGCUGGUCAAGAGCACAUCCACCCCAAGCUCACGACCUGGCUCGGGGGCCUUCAGGCUACCAUUAAAAAUGGGGUUCCCUACGCUCUCUUCGAGGGCGAGCGUGUGGCUACUCAGGAUGAGUUUCGCCUCUUCGCGACGACCCUGCAGACCAUCUAUGAGGCAGCCACCAAGAAGGCGCACCAACCCUCCCACGUCAAUAUCAUCCAGGCCACGCGUGACAGCCAUCCAACCAUCAAGAUUACGCACGGCCAAGUCCUGGAUAGCAAGCUGAACGUGAUUCGCAAUGUUACUGGCCAGCAGCUUCGUGGUCGCCGCGAAAAACAAGCUGAGCACCGUGAGAACAAGGAGUCCAGGAGGUCGGACCCGUAUGGAUCUCACGAGCCUCCGCCCGAACAACACUCCAGAUCCGCCGGCUCCCAAGACUGGCAAGACUGGCAGGACUGGGAAGAAAAUUCCUACAAUGCCAGGAACUCUGCCUACCACGGCUACUACCGCUGA